AUGCAAAUCUUCGUUAAAACAUUAACAGGUAAGACUAUCACCUUAGAAGUCGAAUCCUCGGACACAAUUGAUAACGUCAAGUCCAAGAUUCAAGAUAAGGAAGGAAUCCCACCAGACCAACAAAGAUUGAUUUUCGCCGGUAAGCAGUUAGAAGACGGUAGAACUUUAUCUGACUACAACAUUCAAAAAGAAUCUACAUUACACUUGGUUUUGAGAUUAAGAGGUGGUAUGCAAAUUUUCGUCAAGACUUUGACAGGUAAGACUAUCACUUUAGAAGUCGAAUCGUCUGAUACUAUUGACAAUGUCAAGUCCAAGAUUCAAGAUAAAGAAGGUAUCCCACCAGACCAACAAAGAUUGAUUUUCGCCGGUAAACAAUUAGAAGACGGUAGAACUUUAUCUGACUACAACAUUCAGAAGGAAUCUACAUUACAUUUGGUUUUGAGAUUGAGAGGUGGUAUGCAAAUUUUCGUCAAGACUUUGACAGGUAAGACUAUCACUUUAGAAGUCGAAUCGUCUGAUACUAUUGACAAUGUCAAGUCCAAGAUUCAAGAUAAAGAAGGUAUCCCACCAGACCAACAAAGAUUGAUUUUCGCCGGUAAACAAUUAGAAGACGGUAGAACUUUAUCUGACUACAACAUUCAGAAGGAAUCUACAUUACAUUUGGUUUUGAGAUUGAGAGGUGGUAUGCAAAUUUUCGUCAAGACUUUGACUGGUAAGACUAUCACUUUAGAAGUCGAAUCGUCUGAUACUAUUGAUAAUGUCAAGUCCAAGAUUCAAGACAAAGAAGGUAUCCCACCAGACCAACAAAGAUUGAUUUUCGCCGGUAAACAAUUAGAAGACGGUAGAACUUUAUCUGACUACAACAUUCAGAAAGAGUCUACAUUACAUUUGGUUUUGAGAUUAAGAGGUGGUAUGCAAAUUUUCGUCAAGACUUUGACAGGUAAGACUAUCACUUUAGAAGUCGAAUCGUCUGAUACUAUUGACAAUGUCAAGUCCAAGAUUCAAGACAAAGAAGGAAUCCCACCAGACCAACAAAGAUUGAUUUUCGCCGGUAAGCAGUUAGAAGACGGUAGAACCUUAUCUGACUACAACAUUCAAAAAGAAUCUACAUUACACUUGGUUUUGAGAUUAAGAGGUGGUAUGCAAAUUUUCGUUAAGACUUUGACAGGUAAGACCAUUACCUUAGAGGUCGAAUCGUCUGAUACUAUUGACAAUGUCAAGUCCAAGAUUCAAGACAAAGAAGGUAUCCCACCAGACCAACAAAGAUUGAUUUUCGCCGGUAAACAAUUAGAAGACGGUAGAACCUUAUCUGAUUACAAUAUCCAAAAAGAAUCUACUUUGCACUUAGUCCUAAGAUUAAGAGGUGGUCAAUAG